GCCUAGAAGCACAGAGCCAAGAUGGAAGGUCCAAGAUGUGGGGCAGAGACCAGUUCCCAGGCCAUGGCCUUGGCUGAAGGCUUCCUCCUGAAGCGGGCCGAAGAAGAGAGAAAGUGGGAGAAGUCCCAGGUGCAGGACUCUUUUCCAGAUGAAACCAGUCAGGUGGAGAAUUCGCACAUUUGGGCCGUCCAUAUUGGAGGAGAAUAUAUCCUAGUUGGCAGUGAAACAUGGCCAAGUGGCAGUAGCAUACCUUUUCAUGAUUCUUUCCUAAGAAGAGAUUCUGCGGAUCCAGAUCAGGUGACAUUUGAAGAUGUGUCUGUGGAUUUCUCAGAGGAGGAGUGGGCCCUCUUGGAUCCAAGCCAAAAAGCUUUGCACCAGCAAGUCAUGGGGGAGAUUUUAGGAAUCGUAUCAUCUCUGGGAGAGAGACUGUUUAAAUGCCCAGAGUGUGGAAAGAGCUUCACUCAGAAGGGAGAUCUUCUUUACCACAGAAAAACUCACACAGGAGAGAGACGGUUUAAAUGCUCAGAGUGUGAAAAGAGCUUCACUCAUAAGACAAGCCUUAUUAGUCAUCAGUUAACUCACACAGGAGAGAAGCCAUUUAAAUGCUUGCAGUGUGAAAAGAGCUUCAGUCAAAAGAGCAGCCUUAUUCGUCAUCAGGCACUUCACGCAGGAGUGAAACCAUUUAAUUGCCCAGAGUGCGGAAAGAGCUUCAGUCAAAAGAUAGGCCUUGUACAUCACCAGGCAAUUCACACAGGAGAAAAGCCAUUUAAAUGCCCAGUGUGUAAAAAGAGUUUCAGUCAAGAGAGAAACCUUAUUAGUCAUGAGGCAACUCACACAGGAGUAAAGCUAUAUAAAUGUUUCCAGUGUGAAAAGAGCUUCAGUCAAAAGUGCAACCUUGAUAGUCAUCAGGCAACCCAUACAGCAGAGAAGCCAUUUAAAUGCUUGCAAUGUGAAAAGAGCUUCAGUCAAAAGAAAGGCCUUGAUUAUCAUCAAAUAACUCACACAGGAGAGAAACCCUUUAAAUGCCUAGAGUGUGGAAAGAGCUUCAGACAGAAAGGCAGCCUUAUUAGUCAUCAGGCAACUCACACAGGAGAGAAGCCAUUUAAAUGCUUGCAGUGCGAAAAGAGCUUUAGUCAAAAGAGAAUCCUUAUUCAUCAUCUGGCAACUCACACAGGAGAGAAACCAUUUAAAUGCUCAGAGUGCGGAAAGAGCUUCAGUCAAAAGAUAGGGCUUGUACGUCACCAGGUAAGUCACACAGAAGAAAAGCCAUUUAAAUGCUUCCAGUGUGAAAAGAGCUUCAGUCAAAAGAGCCACCUUAUUAGUCAUCAGGCAACUCACACAGGAGAGAAGCCAUUUAAAUGCUUGCAGUGUGGAAAGAGCUUCAGUAAAAAGAGUAACCUUAUUAGUCAUCACGCAACUCACACAGGAGAGAAGCCAUUUAAAUGCUCGGAGUGUGAAAAGAGCUUCAGUCAUAAGAAAAGCCUUAUUAGUCAUCAGUCAACUCACACAGGAGAGAAGCCAUUUAAAUGUUUGCAGUGUGAAAAGAGCUUCAGUCACAAGAAAAGCCUUAUUAGUCAUCAGUCAACUCACACAGGAGAGAAGCCAUUUAAAUGCUUGCUGUGUGAAAAGAGCUUCAGUCAAAAGGGAAACCUUAUUACUCAUCAGGCAAUUCACACAGGAGAGAAACCAUUUAAAUGCCCAGAGUGUGAAAAGAGCUUCAGUCAAAAGGGAAGCCUUAUUAUUCAUCUGGCAAUUCACACAGGAGAAAGACCAUUUAUAUGCUCAGAGUGUGGAAAGAGUUUCAGUCAGAAAUCAUACCUUGCUCGUCACCAGGCAACUCACAGCAGAGAAAAACCAGAGUGUGGAAUGAGCAGCAAUUGAAAUACAAGCCUUCUUUUUUAAUUGUCAACCCACACAGAAGAAAAAGCAAGUUCCCUUGUUUUACAUCAGAGGGGGCAUGGAUCUUUGUCAUAGAAACACUGAGUUAAAAAGUCAUGGCUUUUGGGGAAAAUAAUUACCUGGCCCAUUUUCUUUCAUGAAAUCCCUCAUUAAGCAUAAGUGAUAAUAUUUUGAGAGCUUUUUAUUUGUCGUGUCAGGAGCGACUUGAGAAACUGCAAGUCGCUUCUGGUGUGAGAAAAUUGACCGUCUGCAAGCGGACGCCCGGAUGAUUUAAUGCUUUUAUCAUCCUUGUGGGAGGCCACCGGGGGCUCCAUUUUGAGAGCUAAAGGAAGGAUAUUUCAGUGGAUAUUUUUUAUCCAUUCACGCAUACUGGUUACUGCAAAUAUUUCCUGCCAUGUAUAUUCAGGACUAAAAAUAUAUUUAAUUGAGAAAUUUAAUGAGAAGUGUGGGAAUGAGUUUGAUUAAUGACUAACAUCCCUGUGCAUCGUGUAAUUCAGUGUGUGGAAAGUGUUUUGCCGCCACAAUGUGAUGUGGCGGCAAAAAAGCCAAUGGGAUUUUGGCCUGCAUUAAUAGGAGCAUGGUG